GUCUCUAAGCAGCGUUUAUGAACUACAAUUUAUACUAACUUCCGGGUACGAUUGCUGUGUUAUAUGAAUGUUUUAGUUUAAUGGUACUUUUAACCUUAUGUACAGUUUGUGAAUGUAGGUAGACUGCAUCGUUUGUAGUUUGUACGUGCUGGUUAUUUAUUUAACGUGUACAGGGACUGCUGGCUUGUUGCCAUUUGUUUAGAUAGGCUCUUGCUGUCUUAUAAACCUCUUUGAAGUCCCCAACGUUCAUGUUUUGACAGGUCUGUGAGGCUCAACAAGACAACCAUGAAAGACGGUGAACUCCGAGACAUGUUGUCAGCACAUGGUGUCAUUAUCCUUUCCAUCAUCUUGGCAUCAGUUUUGCCUUUGUUUUUCCUGGAGAAUUUUUCUGUUCUUGGAACACACCACAUCUGGCUGUGCACUUGCUCUUCCUCUGUGGCUGCUGCUAAUAUAUCUUUAUAUUUAGUGCUGAAUCCAAGUCCUUCAUCCAAGCGAAGUACAUUUUCACGUAAGGUUUCCAAAAUCAUUCAGUCUGGAUUGUACUACUUGAUUUCCUGUGUCAUGUUUCAUGCAAUUUUUUGUCUCUAUGGAGCUCCACUACUAGAGUCUGUAAUGGAGACAUUUUUGCUGGCUGUUCUGCUGUCUACUUUCACCACUUUGCGUUGCCUGUAUAUGCUGGGUCCAAACAUACAUGCAUGGGUCCGGGUCUUCAGUAAGAAUGGAGCUUUGACUGUUUGGGAAAGAAGUUUGCAGAUCACUAGUGCUUGUAGUGUCAUGGGAACAUGGCUUGGAGCAUUUCCAAUUCCACUGGACUGGGACAGACCUUGGCAGGUGUGGCCCAUUUCAUGCUCAUUGGGAGCAACAUUUGGCUUUGUGGUUGGUCUCCUCUUUGCACCACUCUGGAUACACUGGCACAGAAAGCAACUAACAUACAAAAGCAGAUAA